AUGAGUCUCUCUUUACGAAAGCUAGGUCAGAAUGGGCCCCAAAUCUCUGCCGUCGGCCUCGGCUUUGGCAGUAUUGGUGGCUUCUAUGGGCCAGUAGGUACCUUGGAUGAGAAGGUAGCUCUUCUAGAUCAUGCAUAUGCUUCUGGUUUGCGUUUUUGGGACCUCUCCGAUGUGUAUGGAGACUCUGAAAGCGUUGUUGGUGAAUGGAUCAAGCGAUCAGGCAAAUGCGACGACGUUUUCAUUGGCACCAAAUUCUCGCUUCAACGCCAGCCCGAUGGAAGUCACACUUUUCAUUCUGAUCCUGCUUACGCGAAAGAGGCAUGCACGAGAAGCCUUAGAACUCUCGGGGUUGAGACCAUUGACCUUUAUUAUUGCCACGCAGUCGAUGGAAUCACACCCAUUGAAAAGACCGUGGAAGCUAUGGUGGAGCUGAAAAACGAAGGAAAAAUCCGUCACAUCGGCCUAUCUGGUGUCUCAGCAGCAACGUUGCGCCGAGCACACGCCAUCCACCCUAUUGCCGCCCUACAAUGGGAAUACAGCCUGUUCACAUUGGAUAUCGAACCACCUAACUCGGAGAUUCUCGAAACUUGUCGUGAGCUGGGCGUCACUCUUGUCGCUUUUUGUCCAAUUGCUCGCGGUAUAUUCACCCGCGAACUCAAAUCCUACGAAGACAUUCCGGGGCCUCUCCGAAUGUACUACCCAAAAUAUGCCGAGAAGAAUUUUCCUGCUAUUUUAAAAUUGGUUGACGGUGUUAAGGAUAUAGCGGAUGUUCAUGGCGUCACCCCAGCACAAGUCGCCCUGGCUUGGCUAUUGGCGCAAGGGCCAAAUAUCAUACCGAUCCCCGGUACAAAGUCAGCCUCUAAGAUGGAUGAAAAUGCAUCCGCUGCACUGCUUACCCUGAGCGAUGAUGAAGUGAGAAAAAUCCGCAAUCUGGCGGAGAAUGCGGAGAUAGAAGGCCCUCGGUACCGUCCUUCGGUCAUGGCUGCUCUCAACCAAGAUACUCCGGAUCUAUGA